AUGGACAUGAGGGACAAUGUGACCUCUGGUCAUUAUUUUUUUGAUAAUAAGCCUAUGGUUGUGAAACCAUGGACUGUGGACAUGGACAUGGAGAAGGAGGAUCUCAAAUCUGUUCCUAUUUGGAUUCAGUUAAGACUGAAUUUCAAAUACUGCGGUGAAAAGUCCAUGUUCAAAAUUGUGAGUCAACUAGGUACACCAAUCAAGAGGGACUCUGCUACUGUGAGUAGAGAUAAACUCCAGUUUGCUAGGGUUUUGGUUGAUAUGCCUAUUUCUAAAUCUUUACCUGAUCAAAUAUCUUUCAUGAAUGAACACAAUGAAUUGAUUCAGGUUCCUGUUACUUAUGAAUGGAGGCCAACUGUUUGUACUAACUGCAAGCAAGUUGGUCAUCUGACUAGUGAUUGUAGGCAUGCUAAGCCUAAGAAAAUAUGGGUGCAGAAGAAACAACAGCCAAUGAUUCCACAACCAGCAGUGAUUGUACCUGAACCAGAUGUAGAUCAGGAGGGUUUCCAAAGAACUCUUAGGCCAAUAAGGGUCAGACCUACUAGUCUAGCUCCUGUUUCAGUUGCCAACCACUUUCAGAGUUUGGAUGAAGAUGCACACAGUGUCUGUAGUACUGCAGGUUUGGAUAGAGGUGAUGAUCUAGAGGAUGUCAGCACUGGAAGAGGGAACUCUUCCAAAUCAUAUGGAUAUAAUUUUGGACUCCUAGAGCAUAAGGUUAAGCUGGCCAAUUUAGGGAAGCUUUACCAAAGGAUUUUCUCAAACUGGUGCUUUACCAGUAAUGCUAGUUACCAUAAAGGAGGGAGAAUAAUUGUUGCCUGGAAUCCUGGAAGUUUCUCUGUGAACAUUCAGGCUGUUACCAGUCAGCUCAUUCAUUGUUUUGUUCAACCAGUGACUGGUAAUUCUGGUUUUUUCUGCACUUUCAUUUAUGCUUUUAAUGAUAGUCAUAGCAGGCUAGAAUUGUGGAAGGAUUUGAAAACUCUGAAUACUCAAGAGCCUUGGAUCUUGUGUGGAGACUUUAAUUGUGUUAUGAAUAUGGAAGAAAGGAUAGGUUCUAUUGUCAGACACACUGAAAUUGUUGACAUGUGUGAGUGUAUGCAGCACUGUGAAAUGGAAGAUAUUAAAACUGUAGGCAACUUUUACACUUGGAAUAAUAAACAGCAAGGUGCAUCCAGAGUGUUUUCUAAGCUAGAUAGGGUGAUGGCAAAUCCUAAAUGGCAAAGUAUCUAUGGUUCUGCUGAGGUGUGUUUUAUGACUGAGGGUUGUUUUGAUCACUCCCCUGGUUUGUUGACAGUCUAUCCCAGGAACUCAGGAGGGAAAAAGCCCUUCAAAUACUUUACUAUGUGGAAAACUGCUUCUCAAUUUAGGAGUAUGAUUCAAACUCAAUGGGAUAGUCAAGUGCAGGGUAGUAAGAUGUAUUGUGUGGUCCAUAAGCUGAAAAGGGUGAAAAUUGCACUUAAGGAAUUGAACAAGGGUGGUUUUAAUGAUAUUCAAGCUGCUGAUUUUCGGGCAUACAAUGCCAUGCUAGAAGCACAGAAUGCUAUGCAUCAACAUACAGAUGAUAUUUCUUUGGCUGAUGCAGAAUUACAUGCAGUUCAGGAGUACAAGAUCAAACAUCAAGCUUAUGUGGAUUUUUUGAGACAAAAGUCUAAAGCUGUUUGGAUUAAAGAUGGUGAUGAGAACACUGCUCUUUUUCACCAAAGCAUCAAGGCUAGGAACAGUCAGAAUCAAGUUUACAGUAUUUUUGAUAUGAAUGGAGAUUGGAAGGACAACCCUGCUGAUGUGUCACAAGCCUUUUUGGACUAUUACACUACAUUAUUGGGUACCACUCAUUCUAAUAGGAAGUCUGUGUUGAGCCAUGUGGUUCAAACAGGUCCUUUGGUUACUGAAGCUCACAAAGCUAUUCUUACUGCCCCUUAUACUGCUGAUGAAGUGAAAGAAGCCCUUUUUUCAAUUCCUGGAAGAAAGGCACCAGGUCCAGAUGGGUUUGGAACUUACUUUUAUAAGGAUACUUGGAACAUAGUUGGAGAUGAAGUUACAGCUGCUGUUCUUGAUAUUCUGCAACAUGGCAAAUUACUGAAAGAGCUCAAUCACACAGUCAUAACUCUCAUUCCCAAGACCAAGUGUCCCAAGAAUGUGAGUGAAUUCAGACCUAUCUCCUGUUGCAACACCUUGUAUAAAUGUGUUACCAAGGUUUUGUGUGGUAGACUUAGACAAGUCUUACCAGAUCUCAUUCUGGAAAAUCAAGGGGGGUUUGUUCAUGGCAGAUACAUUGUCCAUAAUAUCAUGGUGGUUCAAGAUUUAUUAAAGCAUUAUGGCAGAAAAGGGGCUAAGCCAGGUUGCAUGAUGAAAAUUGAUUUGCAAAAGGCUUAUGAUACUGUAGAUUGGGAGUUUUUACAGGAAAUGAUGAACCAGUUAGGCUUUCCAGGUGAUUUUGUGGAUCUUGUCAUGGAAUGUGUGACCACUCCAAAAUUCUCCUUAAUGUUAAAUGGCACAAUGCAUGGUUUCUUCAAGUCUAAAAGAGGAUUAAGUUCCAUCCUAGAUGCCAAGUUAUUAAACUCACCCAUUUGUGCUUUGCUGAUGAUCUCAUUAUGUGUAUCAAAGCACAAAUCUGCUAUCUACUGCUGUGGUAUGCCUGAGAGAGAUUGUGCUAGAAUUGUGAGUGUUUCUGGUUUCACCAGAAGCAAUUUGCCUUUUAAAUAUCUAGGGGUGCCAAUCUGUUCUAAGAGAAUCUCUGCAGCUCAGUGUGAUGUUUUAGUUGAUAGGAUGAUUUCUAGAAUUAAAAUAUGGAGUUCUAGGAACUUGUCUUACACAGCUAGAGUGCAGCUCAUAAAUUCAGUUUUGCUUAGCCUUCACAUGUAUUGGGCACAAAUUUUCAUUCUACCCAAGCAGGUGUUGCAGAAUGUUAACAAAGUGUGCAGAGCAUUUCUAUGGAGUGGACAGGCUUACAGCAAUAAGCCAAGCAACAUCUCCUGGGAUAGAUCUUGUUGUGACAAGAAAUAUGGGGGUCUGGGUUUCAGAGAUGUAUUCAAAUGGAACAUAGCCAGUAUGGGAAAGUAUGUCUGGGCUAUUGCUUCUAAACAAGAUAAUGUGUGGAUUAAGUGGAUUAAUGCAGUGUAUGUAAAGGAUGGGGAUUGGUGGACUUUUCAGCCUAAAGCUUCUGCUAGCUGGUAUUGGAAAAGGAUCUGUGCUACAAAAGAGAUGCUCAAAUUAGUGUAUACUCAGGCAGAGUUUGUUGCUAUCACUCACUAUUCUGUGAAGGGUGUUUAUGAGAAGAUCAUUGGUGUAAAACCUCUGAUUCAUUGGGACUGUAUGGUGUGGAAUAGGUUAAACAUUCCCAAACAUAGAUUCAUCUGUUGGUUAGCUGUGCAGGAAAGGCUCCAAACCACUGCAAAACUGGCAAGAAUUGGAAUUUCCAACUCUGCAACCUGUCUUCUCUGUGGUCAGUAUGAUGAGGAAUACUCUCAUCUGUUCUUUAAUUGUCCUUACAGUAGCAGAUGUAUUAUGGCACUUAAAGUUUGGUUGAAUUUAUCUGCUUUAUCCUGUACUCUAAUCCAGCUUCUGAGAGUGACAAGUCAUAGUAGAUUGACAAAAUUCAGGAAGCAAGUUGUCUAUGCAGCCUUGGAAGCAGCAGUGUACUUCAUUUGGCAUAGUAGAAACAGCAGUUUCUGGAAUGCUUCUGUCCCAACUGUGCAGCAUGUGGUGAGUAAGAUCAAGCAAUCUGUAAAGGAGAGAAUCUUGUAUGUAAUGCCUAAGAAAGUAAGUAGGAAGGAUAGCUUAUGGUUUAUGAGCUUGUAA